CAGGCCCCACCCAGUGGGCGUGGUCUAAGAGUGUCCUUGCUGGGUCACGUCCAUCGUUGGUCAGUUUGAAGCGAGGUGGCAUCUGGCAAGUUCCAUAGUUGGUGACUGCGCUGUGAGGAAGAUGACGUUCUCUGUUAGCAUCUUUCUGCUGGUUUGCUUCACUCUGAUGGGACUUGGAUCAGCCAUCCGUUGUUACAGUUGUAAAGACUACACAUCCAGCUGCUCCAAGCAACGAGACUGUAGCUAUGACGACGCCUGUCUGACGCUCACAGAGAGAGGAGGGAUGACAUUCCGCCAGUGCCUCAAGUAUUCCGACUGCGAGUACAGCCGACUGGGACAGAUGUUCCCGCAGGUGUCCUCUUUUACUUUCAAGUGCUGCAACUCGGACUUGUGUAACUCCGCCCCCUCCGCCGCAGCAGCCACUUCUGCCAUCGGUGCGAUGGCGUCGGUGGCGGUCACGUGGUGGCUGACUCGCUGAUGUCAGCGAUUUUGAAAAUGGAUCGGAAUGUGGAGCUGCUUGAAUAACCGAGGAAAAGCUGAUCAAUGAGCUGAUCAAUGCUAUGACUUGUUGACUUAUAUGUUGACUCACAAUACUACUGCACAUCAAUAAAUCAUACCAAGGUAAAA